AUGAAUACAGUUAUUGUACUUUUCUCUUUGGUGGCUAUUACUUGCGCGGCCCCUCAAUACCUUGAUCACUCCUCCGGGGGAGAUUUGGGAGGUCAUAAAGCUUUAAGUUAUCAAAUUAUUGGUUUAAGCAGAGGAAGUGAGGAUCACGAAGAAGAACAUGAAGAACGUGGUUAUGGUGGACAUGGCGGAAACUUGGGAGGUGGACAUCAAGUAGUCUUGCUAGGUGGUUAUGGCCAUGAUAAUAAACAGGAAGAAUAUGGUGGAAAUAGUUAUGGAUACGAAAUCAAAAGCGGAUAUGGAAAACAUGAUGAUUCAAUCGGUUUUACCGGUUCUGACUUUAAGACCCCAGUAGACGUUCACCACGAAAAAGAAAUCCAUAUUAAGGCUAACCCAGAAUACCACUAUGACUUCCACGUAGCUGACCAUAAGAACAAAGACUACAAGAGCAAAACAGAAUCUCGCGAGGGAGACAAAGUUAAGGGUAGUUACAGCUUAUUGGAACCAGAUCACAAAACCGUCAGGGUUGUCGACUACGUCUCCGACAAGAAACUUGGAUUCAUCGCCAAAGUGUCUUAUAGGAAACAACAUGGCUAUUAG